AUGUCCUCCACUCCAAUCACCGGAGACCCUCUCCUCGAGCAGCCCGCUUUUACUCGGACGCGAAAGAUGCGAGUGGUCUGCAUCGGUGCUGGGUUCUCUGGUCUGCUCGUUGCGCACAAGGUUCAACAUGAGCUGAAGCUUGAAGAAGAAGUUGAUUUGACAAUCUACGAGAGGAAUCCCGAUAUUGGUGGGACUUGGUUUGAGAACACUUACCCAGGUGCUGCUUGCGAUUUCCCCGCUCAUGCUUACGUUUUCCCAUUUGAGGGUAAUCCUGACUGGAGUAAAUUUUACGUUGGCCAAGAGGAGAUCCACAACUAUAUCAAGCGCACGGCAGAAAAGUAUAACCUGACUAAGUAUAUCCAGCUCAGCACGACCAUCAAAGAGACAAUCUGGGAUGAGACGUCUGGGAAAUGGAAGAUCAAGCUUGAACAAGGUGGUGAGAUUAAAGAGGAUGAGGCAGACUUUGUCAUCAAUGCAUCUGGAUUCUUGAACAAGUGGAAGUGGCCCGAUAUCCCAGGUCUCUUUGACUUUAAGGGCAAACUUAUGCACAGCGCAAACUGGGACAAUUCGUACGACUGGAGGCGCAAGAGGGUAGCCGUCAUCGGUAAUGGAGCAUCUGGAAUUCAAUGUGUUGCUUCCAUGCAGCCCAAAGUUGAAAAGCUAGUCAACUACAUGCGUCAGCCAACUUGGAUCUCCGUUAACUUCUUGAUCGAGAAAGCACCCGAUGGUGUCAAUCGCGAGUAUACGGAAGAGCAAAAGCAAAUCUGGAGAGAUAAUCCCCAGGCCUUUUACGAGUACAGGAGAGAUCUUGAGAAGUCUAUCAACGCUUUCUUCUUUGUCAUGUGUCUCGACCAUCCCGCACAGCCGUUCUACGAAGGUCUAUGUAAAGAGCGUAUGUAUGAAUCCAUGAAGAAUGAUCCUGAACUUGAGAAACGAAUGGCUCCUAAAUUCAGACCUGGCUGCCGUCGUAUCACACCAGGUGAUGGAUAUCUGGAAGCUUUGCAAGAGGACAACUGCGAGGAUUGCUGGGAUCCUAUCAAGCGCAUUACUGAGAAGGGUAUUGAGACUGAAAAAGGAGUUGAGGAAUUCGACCUCAUCGUCUGCGCCACCGGCUUCGACAGCUCGUGGCUACCUCAGUGGAAGUUGGUGGGUCGUGACGGCGCUACACUGGAAGAUAUGUGGAAGGAGGAUCCUGAGGCCUUCUAUGCUUCUAUGGUCAGCCAUAUGCCCAACUACGCCAUGAUCAACGGACCCAAUGCUGCUAUUUCUCAUGGUUCUGUGAUUCAACAAAUGUCUUGGACAGCAGACUUUAUUCUCAAAUGGGUCAAGCGUAUGAACCGUCAUCAGAUUAAGACUAUUUGUGUUAAGGAUGAGUCAGUGAAGGACUACAACGAGUACCAACAGGAGUUCCUCAAACGUACCGUUUGGUCAGGCGAGUGCCGAACUCUAUACAAGAACGGUCGCGCACAAGGUCGCAUCACGGGUGUUUAUGGUGGUUCAGUGGUGCACUUCCAAAAAGGCUUGGAAGAGGUUGGAGGGGAGCAUUUCAACUUGACUUGGAGGCACAGGAAUCGUUUUAUGUGCCUUGGUAAUGGCACAGCUGAGACUGAUGAGAAUGGGUCUGGUGAUCUCGCGCCUUACUUUGAAGCUAACGCUCCUGGUUCAAAGAAGUGA